UUAUGAACGCAACAUAUUCCUCCUUCAUAAGUUUUACAUAUCAAUUAUUUACAUUAUAAAUGAUAAAUACAUAUAUCAUAAUUGGUCCCAAUUAUCGGCGGGUUAUUACUGCUAUAUUAAUAUCUUUAGCGGUGUUGCAAAUGAACGAAAAUCAUUUCCAAAAACAGAUCGUUCGUGUUAUGGUGCGUUCAAGAGGAGCAGUAGAUCACAGACGAAGUCGACUUCCAGUCUUCAGGGUAGUAAACUUCCUCACAUGUUGCAGUGGUGCAACACAUGAAAGCAGAACAGUUUAUGUAACAAAAUGUCAGAAUCAGAUUGUCCCACUGGUGCGGAGAAAAAGGAUGCUGAAAAAUGUCAUUUCAGCUCAGAUAGUUCCAGCAGCUCAAUGGAUAUAAGUGACCAGAUCACUAUUCAAGUAUUUACCCAAGGACAAGAAGAAGGCCAGUUUGUGAGGGAGAAUAGCCAAGACAAGGAUGUAAGUGAUCACUGGAUGAACAAUAAAAAAGAGAAUUAUGAAGUAAAGGAUGGUGAUAUGCAGAAUGGUGGAAAAGAAGACUCAGAUAACCAUGAAAAAGGAUUGAAUGAUCAAGUGUGGGCAGAGGAUGGAAAGGUAUUAGGACUGAGUGAUAAGGGUGGAAAUGAUGGCUAUAUUGAUGAUUCUACAGGGACUGAGAAUACAGACUUGGAGGAUGAAAGUUUUUUGAAUAGGGAACAAGGAAAACCAGGCAAAAAUGAUGCUAAAGGUGAUGAGGUUGAGGAUGAAAAGAAGAAUGCUCAAGAGUCAUCAGAUGGGAGCCAAGAUAGAAUGAUAUCAGAGGAUAUAAAUGAGACUCUAGUAGAGUCAAAUAAAAACACAAAGCCAUCAGAAAAGAUGGCAACAGAUAUGGAGAUUGAUGGGAAGGAGGAGACAGAAGUACAAAUUUCAUCAGUUGAAAAUACAAGAUUAGUGAAGGGUGUAUAUAGGGAUGAUGUUGCAGAGGAUAAACAUAUAGUACAAGAGUUAUCAGUUCAAGAAGAUAAUGCACAAUGUGAUAACACAAACAAUGACAUUGCACUUGAUAAAGACAAAAAUUUAGGAACUAACUUACUGGUCUCAGUAAAGGAGGAAAAUACUAAGUUAUCAGAAGGGACAGUUGAGGAUAACCAUGUCAGAAUAUGUAAAGGAAUACCAGAUGCUGUAAACUCUAAGCAAGACAAUGGCAACUCUGAACCAACAGAUACUUAUCCUAAGAGUAAGGGGAACACUGAUACACAGAGUACAGUGCAUAAUACCAAGUUGACUGAGGCAAAUAGUCAUGUACAAAAUGACAAUGUUGACAUGAAAUGGGAAAGUGAUACAAACACUUCUGAAUGGGAAACAGGGAUGUUUGUAACUGAAGUUAGAGAUAAUACUAGUCAAGAAGAUCCAGAUUUAGAAUGUCAUCCAGAGAAAGAUGAUUCUUCAACUUUCCCUGAAGAGAGCACUGAUAAUAUUUUGGAAAAUUGUUCAAAAGAUUCAGAUAGUGAGAAUAGCAGAGAAAUGGGCACUUCUAUAGGUGUCAGUUCAGAAAAUGAUAAAGUUGUAUCUGAAAGAGUAGUUGAUGAAGAAGUUAGUGAUGAAGUGGAGACAGAGGAGUAUCAGCAAACUCAGGAGAAUGAUGACCAACAGAUUUUACCAAAUCACAAUGAUGCAGCACAAGAAGGAGAGCUAAGAGAGUUGGUGGAAAAUGAUAACCAAAGAGGGAGAGUCCAGUCUGAGGAAAAGGAAAUGCAUGAAAAGGAAUCCGAAAGUCGGAAAGGUGUCAGCAGUGUAAUUCAAAGUGAUGUACAGGAGAGAGAUAUCAAUUUGAAGGAUAAUGCCUGUGAAGAGAAGAUCACCAAAGUACACAAGAGGAUAAGUGGACAGAAGAGAAAAAAUGAGUCUACUACUGAAACUUCUAACAAGAAGAGUAUGAAGAACAUAGAGAGGGUAAAAAAAAAACUUGAGGAAAUAAUGGAGAAAUCUAAGGCUGAGGAGGACAAGGCCAUUGCAGAGUUACAAAAAAUGAGGCAGGAAAAAGCUGAGGUACUGAAGUCAAUAACGGCAGAAAUGGAAGUUUUGAAAAGCCUUCUUGCCCAGGGCAAAGUGCAUGUCCUCGAGAAAAGUUAGUUACUACAUGAAAAAUAUACUGUAUACUAAGGAAGUUCAAGAAAAAAAGCUUCAGAAAUGAAUAAAAUGAAGGUUAUGUUGUAAUAACCACAUCAGUUAUAAAAAGUAUAUUUAUGUAAUUUAGACAUCAUAUAUUUUAAAUACUUUGUUUACACAACCAUUUUUUAUGAAAAUUUAAUGGC